UGCUGCUGCAGACCCGAAAGCUCACGCAGGGACGCAACAAGCCUUGUGCGGACGGUGAACUGUGCCGCCAUCAACAAGCAGAACGCCGCAAGCCCCUCAUGGCCCCGUCUGCAAGGGAGGGUGUGGCGGGCGGCUCCACAGCAAUUGAUUGCGGCAGCAUGUUUGAGGACGACGAAAAGCACCGCAUCUGCAGCGAGUGCGUCGCCAAGGCUGGCAAGCGCAAAGCGACACCAGCUGAGGGUGCUGGGGCGGGACCAUCCAUCUAA